AGUUAAAAUUGAAGAUGAAACGAAAGAUACAGUUUUGGUAUAAUGGAAUGACGUUGAAUGGAGACACGUUGGUCUCAGAAAACGGAAUUUUUGAGCUCGGAUUUUUCCAGCCAGGUAGUUCAAUGAACAGAUAUCUUGGAAUUUGGUUCAAGAAAGUCUCUGUUAGAACGGUGAUCUGGGUUGCAAACAGAGAACACCCGCUUCCUGGUGUAUCACCACUUUUAUUGAAGGUUGUUGAUCCAGGAAUUCUAGUACUUUUCAGCAACAUGAGCAUGAUCUGGUCAUCCAACACCACGAUGACAUCGCAGAAUGCAACUGCAAAGCUUCAAGACUCUGGAAAUCUAGUCUUGACGGAUCAACAAGAAAGGACUAUUUGGCAGAGUUUUGAUUAUCCAACUGAUACGCUUCUAUAUGGAAUGAAGAUAGGGAAAGAUUAUUCGAGGGGAAUAGAAUGGUCUCUAUCUUCUUGGAAGAAUAAUCAGGAUCCAGCUCCAGGUGAAUUCACUUGGAGUGCUGAGACACACGGUUAUCCUGAAAAGAAACUUAGACAAGGUUCAGUGGUCAAAUUUCGCGGAGGGGCAUGGAGUAAUCAACAGGUUAGAGAGUACAACAAAACCGAUAAAAACGUUACAUAUUUAUACAGUGUAGUGAUUAAUGAAAAGGAGGUGUCUUUUAGUUAUUAUAAUACCGAAAAUAGUCCUAACCCAGAAAGGGUCACCUUGACUUCUGCAGGGGAGCUACAAUAUCUAGAGUGGAUAGAAGAUAGUAAAAAAUGGGAACUUGGCUUCCAAUUACCAAUAGAUAUAUGUGAUACAUACAAUAUAUGUAGUGCUUACGGAAGCUGUAACCUUAGUAUGGUCCAUCAGGCUUGUGAUUGCUUGGAUGAAAAAAGAUUUGUGCCCAGGGACCAAAAGGCUUGGGAAAAGGCUGAUUGGUCAGCUGGUUGUGUCAGGCGAACCCCGUUGGAUUGCAAAAAUGGAUCAGAAGGGUUUAUUAAGUACUCUAAUGUGAAACUACCAGAUACAGAACGCGCAUGGUUCAAUAUGAGCAUAACUAAGGAAGAGUGUAAAGAAAAAUGUCAAAAAAACUGUAGUUGCAUGGCUUAUGCUAAUCCUGAGAUAGGAUUCCAAGCAAAUGCAUGCCUACUUUGGUUUGAUGACCUCAUUGAUAUCAGAUUGUCUCCCCAAAGUAGUGGUGGCCUAGAUCUUUUCGUAAGAAUGGCUUCAUCUGAGUUAGUUGCUCAAUCUAUUUUCAAGAAAAAGGGAGGAACAAACAUUAAGAUCAUCUUACUUAUUAUUUUUCCGGGGCUCCUUCUGAUAAGCGUCAUCUCUAUUUGGAUAUGGUACGCACGGAGAAAAAGGAACCACGCAAGACCGACAAAGAGAGGGGGUGUAUUUCAUGACUCUAAAAGUAAGGAAGAAGACAUUCAGCUACCAUUGUUCAGCUUCUCUACAAUAAUGACUGCCACGGGGAGUUUUUCAACCAAGAAUAUACUUGGAGAGGGUGGAUUUGGACCCGUUUAUAAGGGUGUUCUAGAAGAAGGGACAGAGAUUGCAGUUAAACGUCUCUCCAGGACAUCCAACCAAGGAGUUGAUGAGUUCAAGAAUGAAGUCGUUUGCAUUUCAAAACUUCAGCACCGGAAUCUUGUGAAGCUCCUCGGGUGUUGCAUAAACGAAGACGAGAAUUUGUUAAUUUAUGAGUACAUGGCAAAUAAAAGCUUAGACUCAUUCAUAUUUGAUCAAAACAAAAGCAUGCUCCUUGAUUGGUCGAAGCGCCUGAACAUUAUUAAAGGAAUUGCUAGGGGACUUCUCUACCUGCACCAUGAUUCACGCUUAAGAAUCAUCCAUAGAGAUUUGAAAGCCGGAAAUGUUCUACUAGAUCUCGAUAUGCACCCUAAGAUAUCUGACUUUGGCCUAGCUAGAAGUUUCAAAGGAAAUGAGACGCAAGCAAACACAAAAAGAGUUGUUGGCACGCACGGUUACAUGUCACCUGAGUAUGUACUGGAUGGUCUUUUUUCAAUAAAAUCAGAUGUAUUUAGCUAUGGUGUUUUGGUUCUGGAGAUUGUGAGUGGGAAGAGAAACAGAGGAUUCGUCCACCCUGAGCAUAACAAUAAUCUUAUCGGACAUGUUUGGAGUGUCUAUAAAGAAGGCAAGUCGAUGGAACUCAUUGAUGCAUGUUUAGAAAAAUCAUGCCAUCCACAUGAGGUUUUAAGAUCUAUCCAAGUAGGAUUGUUGUGUGUUCAACAAAAUGCAGAAGACCGGCCAACCAUGCCAUCUGUAGUUCAGAUGUUGGACGGUGUCGGUGCAUUGCCACAACCUAAGCAACCAGCGUUUUUCUUGGGAAAGGAUUUACAAGUAGUCGAUUCCUCUUCAAGCAACAAUCCAGCAAAUUCAAUCAAUGAUGUAACUAAUACACAUUUAGAUGGUCGAUAGAAAGCUAAUUGUGUCAAAAGGCAUUGGAACGCAUUUUAUUCCUAGUAGACGGGAUGAAAUUCAUUUGGGUCCUGUCUCACUUUGUUACUGUUGCUAAACAACAUUCUAUAUAUGCAUAUAAAUCCCGUGUAUCGUUUUCCGUGCCGUCA